AGGCGCCGUUCCCGCUACCCCGCAUCAUGACCAUGUCUUCGGUCACGGAGAAAGACGGCGGAGACAUGGAAACUGGGAUUGACGAUCUGCCGCCUAUGCGCCUUGGUCGCGAGAUCACCAACGAUCUGCGCCGCAUUGAACUGACAUUCAGCAACCAGCCAGAAGAGCCGCAAGCACGCCGCGCCAAUCCACUCAAGCACCUGAUCAAGUCCCGCCACAACUUCCGUGCCCUGGUGACAUAUGGCGGAUACCUCAUCCCCAUCAACGUGCUGCUCAACGUCAUCCUGCUGGGUCGUGGCUGGCUGCAGUACAACAAUCCUGGGGCCGAUGGAGAAUCCGCACGCCGUCAACAACCCCAUCGGCUACUUGAUCACGUCGGUUAUAUCGCUGAUCCUGAUUGUGUCCAGUGGCAUUUGCUUCGUCAUGCGGUGUCUCGAGUUUGACGUGAUGCGCACGACCAUGACCUCAAUCAUUGCCAACUUCACCAAUGCCGCGCUCAUUCUGGCCAGCGCACUCAUCUACGAGAAGCGCGAGCGCCCGCGCCACCCCGAUGCCCACAUCACCGGCGAGUUCUACAGCUCGUAUGCCGGUGCUGCGGUUGCCCUGCUGAACGCCCUGCUUCUGCUCAUGGACAUGCUGAUCACGCCUGGAUUCCGCUACCGCGGCUCAGGAAUGUCACGACAGCAGCGCAUGCUGCAGUUCAACAUCAUCCUGAUUGUAGUGUGGAUUGGCAUUGGCGGCUAUGCGUGGUCCAAGAUCGAGGGCUGGGACACACCAACAGCGAUUAUGUUCUGCAUGGUCACUGUUACCACCAUCGGGUUCGGCAACAGGUCGCCAACCAAGACGUAUUCACGAAUCCUGCAGCUCAUCUACGGGCCACUGGGCAUACUAAUGUUCGGUAUGAUGCUCUUGCAUACGCGCAACGUCAUCAUCCAGAUUACGCGCGACAAGCUCGAUGAGGCGAAGCGCGAAAUCCUCGGUAAGCGCAAGAAGCUCGAGCAAGGAUGUCACUAUCAGCCAUGUCAAGCGCCGCCUGGCUGCUCGCCCACAGGCCUCGCAACUGGCACGACAUGUUCAAUGAUCUGGCUGGCCGCGUGCUGCUGCCGCACCGCCGCCGUGUGCGCAUUGGCAUUCCGCACUGGCUGCGCAGACGACUCGAUGGGUCCAGCAGCGAGGAUGAAGCCGACAGGGAUCUGGAGCUGGGCAUGGACCAUCGGCUUUCUGGAUGCUCGUGGCACUGAUCGCACGCUCAAUGCACGAGAUUUGGAUAAGCAGCGUACUACCUCGACCGCUGCCAACAAGAGGGCCAGCAGUGUCUACAGACGGAAGAAUAAGCUGCCGGGUGACGACCCGAAUGCUGCGCCGUUGCCCCUAGGCAGAUCAUACACGACGGCAUCGCGGCUGUCGCAGGUCCGCGAGGCCAUUUCUGUACCAGGGUUCUUUGAGCGCAUUCGCCACAGACGCAAGCUCAAGAAAUCAAAGGGGGGUAGCGGUGGGGAUGGUGACGACGGAUCCCGCCGACCUAAUUGAUGACAAGGCUGGCAGCAGUAGCAGCGGUGGCGGCAACUCAAGACAACGCCGUAGACAGGCAGGAGGAGGAAAGCAACGAUGAUGGGGACGAUGGCACUGAUGACAGUGAAGAUAGCCAGGAGGAUGAAGAAGAAGGAUACCUCUCUGACCGGCAAGCAGAAGCAGAAGAAGAGCAAGCAGAAGAAAACGUUCCUUAGCAAGCUCACGCGGCAGCUGUGGGCAGCGCUGAUCCUGAACUUUUGCUUCUGGCUCAUCAGCGCCGCCAUCUUUUACGCC